UAAAGUAUCCACGGGAAACGCAAGUCUCUCAUAAACUGUGGCUUCAGAAAUAUUUGGUAUAUUCCAUUUCCAAUUAGUUACAAAUAAGUACAUAGCCAACAAUCCGUUGUAGUCUAGCUGGUCAGGAUACUCGGCUCUCACCCGAGAGACCCGGGUUCGAGUCCCGGCAACGGAGCAUACUUUUUACAGUGUAUUGGUUUGGGGCCCAGUCUAUUUAAACAACAUUCCUUUUUGCACCAUGUUUGGGUCCGUUACGUUUGGGCCAAAUAUUCCAAUCACUAGCCCAUCUAAAACUUUCUCCUCUGUCCCUCUAACUGGUCCAGAAGGUUAGAAAGAAGAAGAAAGAGAGUGUAGAGAGAGACUCAAAAUCAAAAUCGGGAAUCAGAAAACAAAAAAAUGAGCGGAGUAUCAUCGGCGGCGUAUUUCGCGCGGCGAGUGGCGCAGAAGGAGAGGGUUCGAAUCCUCUACAGACGCGCUCUCAAGGAUACUCUCAAUUGGGCUGUCCAUCGCCACAUCUUCUACCGAGACGCUUCUGAUCUGCGCGAGAAGUUCAAUGCUAAUCAAGACGUGUUCCAUGGGCACCUGGUGGCUCAAAGUUCUGUAGAAACCCCACUCCUCCUGCUGGGAUUGAGAUUGUGUACAACUACGGUCAAGAAGACAACCCUUAAUCCUCACUUUCCAUAUUUUUUUAUACUCAUCAAUAAAAUUGAAGCAUCCCGGGGUGGCUUAUGUUUCAGAAGAUUUAUUUAUUGAAGACUUUCAAGGUUGACCAAUUGUAGUUUUCAAAGGUGUUUCGUUCCAGUAAGCCACUCUUGUUUCCAACUUGGUUUAUAUUACCAUGUGUAUCAUGGAUGUUCCGACCAUGAAAAACUUUGUUUUUACUUUGGCUUUUUUUUUUUCAUAGCGAAAUGAGGCCGGUUUAAACUGAACAGAACUUUGGAUA